AUGAAACCCAUUACGGAAUCUAAGAAAUUAGGAUGGAUGGAUGGAUGGAUGGAAGGAAACAUCUCACAACUAGUGCAAGACAUACAAAGACUGCAGUCUUCCAUCAGUAAAUUACAAGAAAAUUCAGCGACUCAAAUAGCUAGACUCGAAGAAGAAUUGGAACAAAAAAGACAACACAUAGCACAUUUAGAAGCGAGAUUAGAUGCACAAAGAGAUUAUGAUGAAGUUAAAAGAGAACUUAGGUAA